AUGGCUACAGCAUGUACUCACAAACAAAAACGACAACAUACGAAAAGUGAGAAUGUUCGUUCCAAGAAGCAUUCUGCACGAAAAUCCAUUUUUGGCGAAAUCGAUAAAACGAAAGAAUAUACCAUUUACUGGUUCUGUGACAGCACUAAAUCGCCGUUAGAUGACCGUGAAAUAGCAAAUGUUAAACUUCGAGGCAUCGUCGAUUAUCUUCAGAAAAUAUCAGAUAUUAAUGCUAUACGAGAAGUGAACAAUGAAAAUAUAUUUCUUAUCGUUGAUUUCGUGUCUUUUGAUAAACACUUUGGUCAACUGGUUGCCUCCAAUGAAAUCCGUUUAAUUUACGUCUAUGAAGAGCAUUAUAAUAACAAAAGUGAAGAAAGUAAAAAUGAACAGUUCGUCGGAUGUACUAAGGUUCGUGGUCCAUUUAAAGAUCUGAACGAACUCUUCUGCACUCUUUCCACAAAUGUUCGUACAAUGACUUCUCAACCAAGCAUGAUGAGUGAGCUACCCCCUUUAACUAGUGUUUCAAAGACAGUUGAACGAUCCACUGCGUUUACUUACUCGUACGUAACUGACUGGUAUAUUUAUUUGAUUCGUGCCAUGCAAGAAGUGCCACCAGCACGAACUUGCAAAGAGAAAUUUAUUGAAGAAUGCCGUAUUCUUUAUAAGGAUAAGCCCACUGUUGUACGAGCAAUAAAUGAAUUCCAAAAUACAUACAAUCCCGAAGACGCUAUUCGUUGGUAUACACGUGAUGGAUUUCUUUACAAAUUGAUUAACAGAGCUCUUCGCGAACAAAAUCAAAAGGCUAUUCAGCUGCUUCAUUUCUUUGUCUACGAUCUUGAUCGACAGUUGAAAAGCGAAUUCAGAGCCACCAAACAAGAUUGGCUGAAAGCCGAUCCUGUGCGUCUGUAUCGUGGACAAUUGAUGUCCCUGGAGGAACUACAUCAACUAAAGAAAAAUAAAGGAGAACAGCUAUUUCUCAACAGUUUCUUCUCAACAACAACUGACCUGGCCGUUGCGACUAUGUUCUCAGGUGCAGGUGCCUAUAGUUCUGACAAUCCUACGCAAUCAGUCAUUUUUCAUAUCGAGUGGACAGACUCCAGGCCUAAGCAAGGUCUUUCUGAUAUUCGUCGUUUGAGUUAUAACGAAGAUGAAGGCGAAAUCCUUCUUUCUCCAACUCAUACUGUCAAUCUCCUUGAUUGUGUUUAUGAUGAGAAAGCACGCGUGUGGAAUGCAACAUUUAGCCGGCUGGGCCAAGUAGAUGAUCCCUUGAUCCGACUCAAUGAUGAUGAACGUUUGAUGAGACUUGAACUUACGCUACGUCAUCUCAUCGAAGAAGAAGAUUCGUCGAGCAAUGACAUGGAAGAAAUAUCAGAUGCAUCCUCUAAUUCCGAUCAGGACGAGUUCAAAUUCACAAGAAAAUUUUGUGCGACAUUCGUUGAAGACGUUCCAUUUUUGUUACAAGAACUCGAGCUUCCAGAGCUCUGUAGUAUUUCGUUGCACAGCGGUAAUUCAGAUCGUUUUGAACUGAGAUCAUUUCGAUCAUUCACUUCUGAUUCACUGGAUCAUGGACCCAAAAUUCGUGAUGAAAUGGUGGUAACUCUCUACGAUGCUUUGGGUAGCAUGUUGAAAAGGAAAGGAAAGCUGAUGGAAGCUUAUUUUUACUAUCAAAAAGCAUCAAUGUAUGAUAAACCUGAAUCUCAGACGUCUUAUACACGACAGGCCGAUCUGGCGCAGCUUCACAAAAUCAAUGGGGAUCAUGAACUUGCUUGGGAAAUUUACAAUGAACUUAUGCAACAAACAGAUGAUCAGGACAACUUCCUUUAUGAGGACAUUGUAUUUGCUCGAACCAGUCAUAUGUCUGACCAAGUGUUUCUCGAAAACUCACAUGCAUUUCUUCAGUAUUGUUGCGCGAACGAUGGCGACGAAAAAGAGCUGUUCAUUGUCGAGAGGAUUUCGUAUAUCGUUGAUGCAUGGGCUGAACUCGGAUACAAAUACUUUUACCAAAAUCACAAUGCCGAAGACGCUUUAGUCUGCUACGACCGUGAGAAAGAACUAACAUUAGCAUCGCCAAAUUCAUCAUCAUCUUAUUUUCAUCCAUUGUUGGGAUCUUGCUCAGAAAGAGUUGGCGAUGUUUAUGCAUCAAAGAAUGAUAUCGAAAAGGCUCUAAGUCUCUACAAUGAAGCUCUUGAUUUGUCCAAACAAAGUAGAUUUCUUAUCAAUGUGAUGACAGCGGCUAGAUGCGCGUGUAAGAUUGGGCGUUAUAGUCCAAAUCAUGACCCAGAAAUUUUUCAUCGUGCUUUUUUGAAUCUUAUCCAAGGCUAUGGAAAACCGUAUACUCAAGAUACCAUUGGAAAAUGUUACGUGUGUUUGUCACAAAGUCUUCAGCGAUGUGAACGAUAUGAAGAAGCUGUAAAAUAUGCUAAACAAGCCCUAUUAAUCUUUCCGGUCAAUCCACUUUUGCUCGAGCGAUUAAUCGAUGACUGCUUUAAAUUAUUGAUUGAACUGCAUCGAUCUAUCAACAGCAACAACGAUAACGUGCCGACAAAAGACGAGCUUCUCAACGAUCGAAAGUCUCUGAACGACGAAGAAAUAAAAGUCAUCUUGCAAACAACGCUGGACGCACUGAAAAGCGAGUUGGACAAUAAAUGA